AUGACUUUCGGAAGCACGAAAGAGGGGUUGCGCAAGGAUAGUAAGAAACCCUCCAUCUCAUAUAAAUAUGCCAAGACUUUCUUUCACAAACCCCCAUUUGUGUUUCUACCCACUCUUCAAACGACUUUGAGAACUAUUGCAAUUAUGAUUACAAAGUCUCUCUUCCGUUUCCUAUCCUUGUUGUCACUUCUUUCAGUGCAAGCCUUCGCAACGCGGCCAACUAUCGUUCCAGUAGGCGAAGGGGAAACCAAUACAACUCUCAGUAGCACUCAGAGCACACUUAUUACUACAGCACCAGUUACCAUCGCAAGCACUUCGAUAUCGUUGUCGUUAUCAGGGUAUUUGAAUGGAACUAACGCGACGACAUCAUCCACCUCCGCCACUCCCACAAGCAAUGCGACUUUGCCGGCAUGCAAAUCGAUACAGUAUGCAUUCCCGUCAGGCACAGGAGGCAACGCGACCCGUGCCGGUGCUGUUAAGAAUGCAUACCGAUAUGCCUGGAAUGCCUAUGUCGAGUAUGCCUCGGGCUACGAUGAGCUGCAACCACUAUCGAAAAAAGGAACCAAUGACUGGUAUGGCUGGGGUGUCACAAUCGUAGAUGGAAUCGACACGGCCAUCAUCAUGGAGCUGACGGAUGUCGUCUCCAAGAUGCUUGAAUGGAUCCAAUCCAUUGACUUCACUACAACUCCAGACGGCAAUGUUGAAGUCUUCGACACUACUAUCCGCUACCUGGGCGGCCUGCUGUCAGCUUACGACCUUCUUAAGAGUGGGCAAGUUUAUAACGAUUACCCCGCGGAUCAGAUCGAGGCUCUCCUAACGCAAGCGAAGAUCUUGGCGGACAAACUUGCAUAUGCUUUUUUGACGCCCAGUGGUAUGUCAGCUGUCAACGUUGACUUUAGCACCAACACCCCCGUGGAAGGUAGCUAUACAGCCCCCGAUGGCAAAACCUAUAAUUCGACCAACACGGCCUCUGCCGGCUCGUUUCUGAUCGAAUGGUACCGCCUGGCCGCGCUGACGGGUAACACAACGUAUCGCUCGCUUGUUGACACUGGAGAACAAUACCUCACCCAUCCUUCUCCCGCGCCCGUAUACCCCGGUCUAGUCGGCACCCAAUUCGAUACCACCGGAGGCGGGAUGCUUAACUUUGCCGGCGGCUGGCACUCCGAGGUGGACUCAUUCCUCGAGUAUCUGAUCAAGAUAUACCACUAUAAGGCUGACAAUAUUACCCAAGGGUACGCCGAUUUCUGGCUCAGCGCCACCAAUAGUACCGUCGAACAUAUUGCGUUGCAUCCCUAUGGGUUUGAAGACCUGACGUUCAUUAGUGGGUUGGACGACAACGGCACGUUGACUUAUACGAUGGACGACUAUGCCUGUUUCGCCGGUGGUAACUUCUUGCUGGGGUGCAAAGUCUUGGGCAUAGACUCUCUCUGCGACCUGGGCAUCGCCGCCGCCGAUGGAUGCCACCAAACGUACAACACAACUGUUACAGGGCUCGGCCCACUAUACUGGGGUUGGUUCGAUAGCACGAGCAAUACUUUCCCGCCUGACGCAGCGGUCGACAUCGAUAGCGGUUACCGGCGGCAAGGAACCGCAAACGGCGAGUUCAUCGUCAGUGGAGACGAGGUAUAUGCGUCAUUCCCGGAAUCAGUGGAGAGUUGGUGGUACGCCUACCGUAUUACCGGAGAUCCCCGAUGGGCUGAAUAUGCGUGGGACAUGUUCCUCUCCAUCAACGAGACGGCGCGGAACAGCGUGGCGUUCGCAACCGUCAACAACGUCGACAUGCCUUUUGGCGGAAGUCAGAGUGACAGUCUUGAUAGCUUCUUUUUCGCCGAGGUGCUGAAGUAUCAGUAUCUGACGUUUGCGGACCCUAGCACCAUUGAUCUGGGGCAAUGGGUCUUCAAUACCGAGUCUCAUCCGGUACGCGUACAGUGCACUCCUUAG